AUGGCGCCAGAUACAGUCUCUCGUACCAAGCGAGUUAGUGCCCCCUCGGCGAGGGUUAUUGAUCCAGACAACAUCGGCGAGAAGCAAUUAUCCUCUCAUAGAGCUGCGCAAGCUGAAGCUAUUCUUCGUGCCGAAGCUGAAGCUGCUCUCCGUGCCCAAGAAGCUAAUCAAGAAUGGGCUUCCCACACCGGUUCAUCUCCAGCCGCAACCGAUCCUUCCCAUGAAGAAGCUAGGAUGGAGAUAGAGAGAGUCGCCAAUAGCAACCGCCCGCUUUCACCAGUCCCUGCAUCUCGUCGCAAGCGCAAACCAAUUGUAGAGGACUCCGACUCUGACUCGCAGGAUGGCACUCAGCCAUCAUCAUCUCAAAAGCGAGCAAGGACAGCUGAAAGUCAAGAUACCACGCUGCCUGCAACGAAUCAACUCGACGAAGAUGGUUUUCUGAAAGACAUUAACAUACAGGCCAUCGACAACGAUACCAUGUCAAAUAAACGCCGGGAAGAUACAAGCCGUGAUCUAAAUGAAUUCUUUGCAGAGGCGUUUGAAGUGAGUGCCCCAGAAGGCAAGAGAAAACGGCGAAGAUGUUUGAAGUGCGAGCAGCAAGGUAACUCAGAUAAUGAUAACAGACGGGCUAUCUUAUUUGCGGAUGAGGACGAUGGAGAGUAUACUGAGCCUGACGACGAAGAUGAUAGUGAGAUUACUAUACAAUCAAUAGAUCCAUAA